GUCGAUUGUUCCGACACCGAUGAACGCGGCGGCACCGGCGGGAUGGCGGCUGGAAGUCACAGAGGACAUGCGCAAGGGAAAGAUCACGGAAAUGUACAUCGAACUGCUUCGACUGUCGGGUGAGAACGACCGGCAAAAGGUGUGGCAGUCCGCGGCCAAGUUUGAACUGACGCUGUGGACGCAGUCCGUGGACAAGGCGACAUACUGGACAAAACUGGAGAAGAAGGUGGCGGCGUUGAAGAAGAAACCCCAGCCGGGGACAGUCGCGCCACCCCUGCCAGCCGCGCCACAACAAGUGUCGUCUGCACCUUCGAUUCCCCAUCAGCAGCAGCAUCAACAGGCGCCAUCUAUCCAAACGCAAGCCCAGUACUCGUCCCAAAUGGGAGCAAACUCCAUGCAAUUCAACCAAGCGAUGCUCAUGCAGCAGGCAGAGAUGCUGAAGAAGCAACAAGAGCAGCACCAACUGGCUGCGUUGAACCACGCUCGACAGCAGCAGGCUCAAGCUCAAGCUCAGGCCCAAGCCGCCGCACAGGCGAAAGCGGCGGCGGACAAGCAGCAGCUCCAGGAACAACAGCGUCUGCAUGCACUCAACCUGGCUCGGCAGCAGCAGCAGCAGCAGCUGGCGACGGCACGCGCGGCGGCGGCGGCGGCGGCGCCGGUGUCCGUACCCACUCCGCCCAUGGCCGGCCACACCCAAGUGCUGCACCAACUACAGCAGCAGUUUCAGCAGCAAAAGCAAGCUGUGUUGACAACCCAGCACAACGAACUGCAGCGGCUACGUCAGGCCCAGCUGCUCGAGCAAAACCACCUGGCCAACUUGCACUCGACGCAGGACACCCCCCCGGACCUGCGCCGCCUCCAGCUGACGCAGUUGCAGCAGCAGCACCUUGUCGCACAAAAUAAGCUUGCCCACGAACACAAAGCCAAGACAGACGAGCUCAUGCGGCGCCACCAGCAGAUCCUCACGUCCAAGCUCACACCCGCAGGAGGAGCCGCCGUGCAGGUACCCGCCGCCCAUGCCGACGCCGCCGCGGCCGCCCAAGCUCGAGCGCGAGCUCUGUCUCGACUCCAAGCCACCACACAGCAGGGGCCGCCGCCAGCCGCCGCCGCCACGACGACGGCCAUCCCAUCAUCCGCCGCCCCGUCGCCCGACGCGUACGGCGAAAAGCUCAAGCAAGUCAAAGCCAAGUACUGGAACGACCUCGAAAUCGCCCAACGCGAGUUUACGCGCAUCGCGGCGCAGAAGCCCCCCGCGGGCGCGGCCGCCCAGCAGACGAUUCAGAACCAGGAACGAGUCAAAGUAUUUCUGCAGAACUUGAAGCGUAUCAUGACGUUGCUGGCCCAAGACCCGGCCAAAGCCACGACCAACAACGUCGACAUGCUCAUCAAAGUCGAGCAGCACAUUGAACGCCAGGUCAUCCCGGCCCUGCUUCGUGUGAAAUCCGACAAGUCCAAAAAGGAGGAGGUAAAGGUGGACAUGACCAAGCAACCUACGAGUACAGCCAAGACAGCAGCAGAAGCGCAACGGCAAAGCACGGCGCAACAAACUGCCGUCCAAGCCGACGCCGUACGCCAGGCUCGCGAAUUGCAGCUGAAAAAAGCCGAGCAGUUGAAAGCCGAACACAUUGCGCGGGCGCAGGCGGCCGCCGCUGCCGCCGCAUCGUUGAAGGCGGAGCGGAAGGACGCCGAGUCCAAAGCGCUGGCUGCGACGCUCCAGCUCCAAAACAACAAGGACAUGGUGCUGAGUCCGAACCAGCGGGCGGCGCUGGAGGAGCAGGCGGCGCGGCUGACUGUCCAAGCCAAGGACCUGAUUGCGCAGCAGGCCCAUGUGACAUCGCCCACGAGUCGGGCGGUGAUUGGCCAGACAGCCAUCAUGUGCACGCAGGAAGUGGCCCGUAUCGCAGAGCAUUUGGCGCAGUCGAAAGCAGCCCAAGCCCGCGGUGCCACUGGCCCCAAGUUUGCGUCGAUCGUAGACACUAGUAGUACUAGUUCAGCGACGGACCGGCUGCUCCUGGCGGUGAAAACGUACGCCCGCGACAAGCCCGAGGUUCUGACCCAAGCCGCGCCCGUGUUUUUGGAGCUCAGCGUCGCCAUCGGCGCCACAGUCACCACGUCGCAUGUGUAGUUCAUGGCCAUAUACAGGAUAUUAACUACUAGUACGUAGUACUAAACACCAUUUUUCGGUUAAGUUCAGGAUAUUUCCGGUAUAUUUCUUCCAAUG